UCUCAAUCAUUCAUGGCCAAAUCUCUCCAGCGACCUUUUCUCCUUCUAACGGUGGCCGCUGUGCUAUUCUCAACCGUUUCGUUUUCAAACGCUAUUCCAUUUAUAGUGUUUCACGGAAUUGGAGAUCAAUGCUCAGGUGGAGUUAGUAACUUCACGCAACUCCUAAGCAGCGUCUCCGGCUCUCCUGGCUCUUGCUUAGAGAUAGGAAACGGAGAGAAAGACUCAUGGUUCAUGCCACUAGUGCAACAAGCAAGUGUAGCGUGUGAGAAAGUUAAACAGAUGAAAGAGCUGAGUCAAGGUUACAACAUUGUUGCAGAGUCUCAAGGAAACAUGGUGGCUAGAGGCCUUAUCGAGUUCUGCGACGAUGCUCCUCCUGUCGUCAACUAUGUCUCCUUAGGAGGACCUCAUGCUGGCAUCGCUGCAGUCCCCAAGUGUGGAGAUGGUCCAAAAUGUGCUAUAGCAGAGGAUAUCUUGAAGUUGGAGAUCUAUAACGACUUCGUUCAAGAUCAUAUUGCUCCUAGUGGUUAUGUCAAGAUCCCUGGUGAAAUGACGAAGUAUUUGGAACACUCUCAGUAUCUACCAAAGCUUAACAAUGAGAGACCUGACGAAAGAAACUCCACUUUCAAAGACCGUUUCACGAGCUUACAUAACUUGGUUCUUGUCAUGUUCCAGAACGACACAACACUGAUCCCCAAAGAAACUUCUUGGUUUGGAUAUUUUACAGAUGAAGGGUUUGGUACUCUUUUGUUAACUCAACAGACAAAACUAUACACAGAAGACUGGAUCGGUCUGAAAGCAUUGGAUGACGUGGGAAAAGUAAAGUUUGUGAGUGUCUCCGGGGACCACCUUAUGAUAGCGUUUCAGGACGUUGUGAAAUACGUUGCGCCUUACUUGAUGCAGAUAAGUUAGUAAUUUCUGUAACAUGCGACUCUUCUUGUCAUUUUAUGAAGUUUCAAAUAGGUUUGGUUUUUAUACAUUGUUUAAGAAAA